UAUUUCUAGCUAUAUUAAAUAUUAAUGACACUGACAAAUGUUAUCUGACUGCUUGCUACAGUUAGCUGCAUUGCAGUUAUAAAUCAAUACUUGUAACAAGGUUAGGCGCCGCUUUUCAUAUUUGAUCCUACGGGAAAACUAACAAAAAACACCUAUGAUGUCGCAAAUUUCUAUAGAAAAUGGUAAUAAGGAUCAGGACGAGAAACUGCUCAUGCCAUUUACAUACAUCCAACAAGUACCUGGGAAGCAAGUUCGGGCUAAACUUACACUCGCGAUCAAUUACUGGUUGAAAGUCAGUGAUAACAAACUCAAAGCCAUUGGAGAAAUUGUGCAAAUGUUACACAACUCAAGCUUGCUUUUGGAUGAUAUACAAGAUAAUUCUAUACUCCGUCGCGGGAUACCAGUCGCGCAUUCCAUAUAUGGCAUCGCUAGUACUAUCAACGCUGCCAAUUAUGUGGUCACCAUUGCCUUGGGAAAGACAUUGCAGCUUGAUCAUCCUCUGGCAACAACAGUGUACACAGAACAGCUUCUUGAGCUGUAUCGAGGACAAGGUAUUGAGAUAUACUGGAGAGAUAACUUCUAUUGUCCCACUGAAGACGAAUAUAAGGAGAUGACCAUAAAAAAAACCGGUGGUCUCUUUAUGUUGGCGAUACGUCUCAUGCAGUUGUUCAGUGAGAACAAAUCAGAUUUCACCAAACUGUCAUCCAUAUUGGGACUGUAUUUCCAGAUCCGUGACGACUACUGUAAUUUGUGUUUACAGGAGUACAGCGAGAAUAAGAGCUACUGUGAGGAUUUAACUGAGGGAAAAUUCAGUUUCCCAAUAAUACACGCGAUACACACACACAAGGAAGAUAAUCAAGUCCUUCACAUCCUCCGUCAGCGGACACGUGAUGUCGAGGUGAAGCGUUAUUGCAUCUCAUUGUUGGAGAAGUUUGGCAGCUUCCAGUACACACGAGAACGCCUGGCCAUGUUGGACCAGGAGGCUAGAGAUGAGGUUCGACGCCUGGGUGGCAACCCUCACUUGGAAGAAUUCUUAGACGACCUGUUGAGUUGGAGACGAGACAAGAAACUAAACAAUUUUGAACAAUAAAAUUAAAAAUACUGUUGUUUUUAAUAUCCAUAUUUUUUGUGUGUUUUUAUUAUAUAAUUUUUGUUUGGCUUGACUUCAAAAACGCUGAAUCUUUUAAAAUUAUACUUUAUAAUAUUAUUUAGUUUAAUUAAGUUCUAUACGGAACAUGCUUUGGUGUGUCUUAAAAGAUAGCUUUUAAUUGUUGUUUAAAAUUUAUUUGAUACCAGAAUUUUUAUUUGAGAUUACAUUUUUAUAUUAUGUUUUAAUGUUGCAUAUAAAGAACUUUCAAUUCCGUUGUCAAUAAUUAAUUAUGAUUUCACAAUAAAAAUGUUGAUCUUUAAAUAAUUUUUGAAGAUUCUCUAAUUCGAUUUUUCUAUGAAGUAAAGUAUAUAAAUAUUUUUUUUUUAUAUUAUUUUAAAAAUUACUUAAGUUCAUGUACUUAUCGUCUGAUUUGGACAAAAAAGAGUAAUAAUAAAUUUCUAAUAUCAUUAAAUAUAGUAUUGAUAAAACUAGUCAUAGAUAAAUUAAUGUAUGGAAGAACAUUAAAAAUAGGACGCAUGUAGUAGACUAAAGUAACAAAGUACUUAGUACUUCAACAUGUCAUUUCUUGGCUACUAACAUUCCCAUAUAAAAUGUUAAUAAUUUUUCAAUGUACUUGCAGUAUAUACUUACUUAAGUACUUACAUAUUACAGUAGUAAAGUUGUUUCCAUCAGAUAAAUUAUAUGAGUGGAGCAAAAAAAAUUAUUAUAAGUGGAAUGUAUGUGUUGGGAAUGAAGGAAUCCUAUUGGUGGAAAUUAGAGGUUUGCUAUUGGUGGAAAUUAGUCUUGCUAUUGGUGGAAAUUAGUCUUGCUAUUGGUGGAAAUUAGUCAUGCUAUUGGUGGAAUAUUCAUAUGCGUCCCGGUUAGAAUUUCUGAUGGAAUAUGUUAUGUCUUAGGCUUAUAGAAUUCUAUCUCAGCUUAGAUUGCUUUUUAACUAUCUAUAUAAAGCUAGUUUUUAUAGAAUCAUUAAUUAAUUUAAUAGUUUCUUUAUGUAAUAAGUUUAUUUAAUAAGAGGUGUUCUACUGUUAAUUAAACUUACUUGUAAUAAUAAAUAUAGAAAAGAGUUCACACCCUUUGUAAUGUGUUAUAGAUACAGAUUAAAAAAAACAAUUACCAAUAUUAUGUAAAAAUAAUACAAAAAUGUUAAGGAAAAUUAUUGUAAUAAUUUCUCACUGCCUAUUUAGACUUUGAAUUAAUAAAUGUCCUACAUGGUAUAUAACUUUAAAUCUACACUUAAAUAUCUUUGAAAUGAAGCGAUCAUUUUAUAUAAUUUUAAUUAUUUUUGUUUGACAAUGCAGAGUUUUGUUGAAAAUAUGUAAUUGUUGUAACAAAGCGUCCGAUAUAAAAUAUCUCUUUGGUUUAUUUAAUGAAAAAUGUUUGAUAACCUUGAACCAGCUUUUGUUAUAUCAAUAAGGGAUAUUAAAAUAUAAAAUCAUGUCAUUACCAAUACAUCAAUACCAGUUGCUGUUCAAUAUUGUGCUUUGUGUUGUGUUACAUAUGAUCUAGAUUUUAAAAAAGGGUUUAAAUUUUACAUUUUUAUAAUAUGCAAUUAUGUUGUCUCUAUUGUAUUGUAUGUGAACCACGUCUGUCUUCUCAAAAUACUUACUCAAUGCUCAUAAUAUGGAAAUAUAAUUCUGAUAACUUCAAUGAUAUCAAUAUUAAUGUUAUUUUUUUUAUUCAAAAUUAAUUUGCUGGUAGACAAAUCAAUUUAUGUUCGGGCUGCAAUAAACUUCUAGCUACAGCUGAAUGGACUGUGCUUGUUAUAUUAUAUUUGCUUCUGUAUUGUGAUCUAUGUUUAAAUUUCCAUUAUUGUUUUAUACCCAUACUCGUGUUUAAUGUCUUCCAAUAACGACAAUAAAUGUUUUAUUAAAUUUUUCUUAGAAUUUAUAAA